AUGGGUGCUUUCAAGUACAUCCAGGAGCUGUGGCGGAAAAAGCAGUCGGACGUGAUGCGCUUCCUGCUGAGGGUCCGCUGCUGGCAGUACCGCCAGCUGUCGGUGCUGCACCAGGCUCCCCGCCCCACCCGGCCAGACAAAGCGCGGACGCUGGGCUACAAGGCCAAGCAAGGUUGCCAUGGGAUCUGGAGGGAUGGCUCAGAGGUUAAGAGUUGCCGUGGUGGCCGCAAACGCCCGGUGCCCAAGGGUGCGACCUAUGGCAAGCCUGUCCAUCAUGGUGUGAACCAGCUAAAGUUUGCCCGAAGCCUACAGUCUGCUGCUGAGGAGAGAGCUGGACGCCACUGUGGGGCUCUGAGAGUCCUGAAUUCUUACUGGGUUGGCAAAGAUUCCACAUACAAAGUUUUUGAGGUUAUCCUCAUCGAUCCAUUCCAUAAAGCUAUCAGAAGAAACCCUGACACCCAAUGGAUCACCAAACCGGUCCACAAGCUCAGAGAGAUGCGUGGGCUGACAACUGCAGGCCGCAAGAGCCGUGACCUUGGAAAGGGCCACAAGUUCCACCACACUAUUGGUGGCUCUCGCCGUGCAGCCUGGAGAAGGCGCAACACUCUGCAGCUCCACCGUUGCCGCUAAUAUACGUAAUGUUUGUACAAUUCAUACCCAAU